UUGUGAAACAAAUAUUUCUGAUUAUCAGCUGAGUGAAAAUAAACAAUUGGAGGACCGAACUUUACAGCAAUCAUUAUAUUGCUGGUCGCGUAAUCAAUAACUCAAAAUUUACCUUGGAUCUUAAUAAUCUAUAUUUAACCAUGCAAAACGGUGCAAUUGACUCACCCUAAAACGAAGGUGUUUUCCAAUAAAGAUAAACAUAACAAACACAAAAUUCAAUAUAGACCCUUGGACCCCAUAUAUCGCAGACCUUCAACGUAAAAUUAAAAAUUUAUGCAAAAAUGAUGAAAAAAACAGAAUUUACAAUUCUACUCGGAUUAAUUCUGACAAUAUUAUUUAAAAGAGUGAAAAGUGAUAAACUUGUGAUUGACACGGAUGCCGGUGCUGAUGAUGCAAUGGCACUUUUGCUUACACUAUCGAUAUCUGCCAACCUCGACACGAAUUUCGAAAUUGUGGCAAUAACUUGCACCUAUGGUAACACUAAUUUGACCAACGUAAAUAAAAACGUGCUCAAGACAUUGACAAUCGCAGAUGAAUCAAAAGUAACUAUAAUUCAAUAUUGGGAUAACUAA